AUGCUUCACACAGCCAUAUCAUGCUGGCAGCCAUUUCUAGGUCUGGCUGUGCUGCUACUUUUCAUGGGCUCUACCAUCGGCUGCCCAGCCCGCUGUGAGUGUUCAGCACAGAACAAGUCUGUCAGCUGUCACCGGAGGCGCUUGACUGCCAUCCCCGAGGGCAUCCCCAUUGAGACUAAAAUCCUGGAUCUUAGCAAGAACAAACUCAAAAACAUCAGCCCGGAGGAAUUCACUUCUUACCCACUGCUCGAGGAGAUAGAUCUCAGUGACAACGUCGUCGCCAAUGUAGAGCCAGGAGCCUUUAACAAUCUGUUUAACUUGCGCUCCUUGAGACUCAAAGGGAACCGUCUGAAGCUGGUUCCUUUAGGGGUAUUCACUGGGCUGUCAAACUUAACAAAGCUUGAUAUCAGUGAAAACAAGAUUGUCAUUCUGCUGGACUACAUGUUCCAGGAUCUACACAACCUGAAGUCCCUCGAAGUGGGUGAUAAUGAUCUGGUAUAUAUAUCCCACAGGGCAUUUAGUGGACUGCUUAGCCUGGAGCAGCUUAGUUUGGAAAAAUGCAACCUAACAGCUGUACCAACAGAAGCCCUCUCCCACCUUCACAACCUCAUCAGCCUGCACCUGAGACAUCUCAGUAUUAACCUUUUGCCUGCGUAUGCCUUUAAGAGAUUGUUCCGCCUGAAAAACUUAGAGAUUGAUUAUUGGCCUAUGCUGGACGUGAUGCCUAGCAACAGCUUGUAUGGCCUGAACCUCACUUUUCUCUCCAUCACCAACACCAACUUGUCCGCAAUACCUUAUUCUGCUCUGAAGCAACUGGUUUACCUAACGCACCUGAACCUCUCCUACAACCCCAUCAGCACCAUUGAGUCAGGCAUGCUUGCGGAACUGGUGCGGCUGCAGGAGCUUCAUAUAGUUGGAGCCCAGUUGCGUACCAUUGAACCCCAUGCUUUCCAAGGGCUCCGGUUCCUGCGUGUGCUCAAUGUGUCCCAAAACUUGUUAGAAACUAUAGAAGAGAAUGUGUUCCAUUCCACCAAAGCCCUGGAAAUCCUCUCCAUAAACAACAAUCCUCUGGCUUGUGACUGCCGCCUCCUUUGGAUAUUACAAAGGCAGCCCAUGCUGCAGUUUGGCAGCCAGCAGCCAAUGUGCGCUGGCCCUGACAGUGUCAAGGAGAGGCCAUUCAAGGACUUCCACAGCACUGCCCUUUCUUUCUACUUCACUUGCAAGAAGCCCAGGAUCCAAGACAAGAAGCUGCAAUACUUGAUGGUGGAUGAAGGGCAGACGGUACAGCUCAUGUGCAAUGCAGAUGGUGAUCCUCAGCCAACCAUCUCCUGGGUGACUCCACGGCGGAGACUGGUCACCAUGAAAUCCAAUGGAAGAGCUACAGUGCUGGGAGAUGGCACACUGGAGAUACGAUUUGCUCAAGAUCAAGACAGCGGGACCUAUGUUUGCAUUGCAAGCAAUGCUGCUGGGAAUGACACCUAUGCAGCCACCCUUACUGUCAAAGGAUUUGCCUCAGAUCGGUUCCUUUAUGCUAACAGGACUUCCAUGUUCAUGACAGACUCCAAUGACACCAGUUCCAAUGGAACCAAUGUGAAUACAUUUUCCCUUGACCUCAAGACAAUACUGGUGUCAACAGCCAUGGGCUGUUUUACAUUCCUUGGGGUGGUUUUAUUUUGUUUCUUACUUCUUUUUGUGUGGAGUCGAGGGAAAGGCAAGCAUAAAACCAACAUUGACCUUGAGUAUGUCCCCCGUAAAAACAAUGGUGCAGUGGUGGAAGGGGAGGUUCCCGGACCACGCAGGUUUAAUAUGAAAAUGAUUUGA